AUGGAAGACAAGGAAAAAAAUAGCAGCAUAGAAGAUGGAGAUAAAACUACGUCUGAAGAAACUACAGAAGCAAAGAAUGUUAGGGGACAGACAAAUGAUGAUGCAGGACCAUCCGGCUCGAUAGCUUUACCAGGAGCUGUACAAAACCCGAAAAAUAUAUAUAUUACUAAACCUGGUAUAUCCAAAUCUGAACAUAGCAUAAGACACAUCAUAACAAGCAAAGAUGUAACGAAUGCUUUAAGGUCACUGAAUUUCGGUGUUCCCACACAAGCAGUAAAAAAUUUAAACCUUAAGGAGCUAAAAAUUCCUAUCUUGGAUGAUGAUGCAAACGAAAAAGAUGAUACUACAACUCUAGUUGAUUUGAAAAAGUUUAUGGCUUCCUGUUUUAAGCUGAACAAAGAGCCUGGAAACGUACUAGCCUUAAAUGACCUACCCAGGCAGAACAUGCAGACAGUAGUGAGUUCUAUGGCAAUAGAAAUAAUCGAACCUCCGAACGUGAGUUGUGUUUCGAAUAAUAUUCAGACGGAGAGUAUGCCAAUUAAAACUAAUGAAGUGAUAGUAACGAAAACUAUUGAACCUAAAAUAUCAAAAGCCGGGACCGACAAAAAGAAAACUUCGGGUAGCUUGUCCGAAAGAUCCGAUUUGGGCGUCGCCCAACGAGAUUCGCUCUCAAGCAUCGGAUCAAAUGUUUGCAGAAUAUGUAUGACGCGUGGAAGGGAAAGGCUGAUAUCUCCGUGUAACUGUAAAGGAUCACUAGCGAACGUGCACCUCAGUUGCUUAGAGAGAUGGCUAAACCAAGUAGGAAGAAACCAUUGUGAACUGUGUGGUUUUAGUUAUCCGGCAAUUCGCACACCCCGUUACACGGUGCUACAGGCGCUCAGACUGUGGUUCGGAAACCCGCGGAACAGAAGCCAUUUACAGUCCGACUGCUUAAUAUUCUGGCUUCUGUCGACCGUGACGGCUGGCCUGCUCGCCGUCUGCAUCGUUGGCACACAAUACUUUGUGAUAGAAGGCAGCAAUUUCGGUAAGCUCGAAGGCGCUAGAAAAGAUGAAGGAAUCUCCCACCGAAUAACUGAAACAGCUAUGGAUUUCUUCAUGGCAAUAGUUCUUUGCGGAUACUCAGUCACCGUGUACCUACUAUGGAAAGACCACUACGUGAUGUGGAACCGAUGGAGGAGAGCUAACGUGAAUGUUAGGUUGCUCCUCAGUCCCGACGCUAACCCUGUACCCUUUGUUCCAAGAACUAGGUAUAAUGUUGUUUAG